GUGCAUUUGUGAAAAUAACGACGGCUAUUGCUAUAAGUACUGUCUCUUUUCCACCCAAACACACCGUGUAUUUAGACCCCACAGCUGGGUACAUCAGUUGUGAACCGGAGAAAAUUUAUUUCAACAGUCGAGACUUUUCAACCAUGAAUCAUCCCACCAGGUCCACAAGUUUUACGCACAACGUUAUUUCCGCUCUUGCUGGUAUGUAGCGCCACCUGGUUUAUUAUUAAUUUCGGUAGGACUCAAGUGUAGAUAUAGAUAAGCAUAAGUACCCCGACAACGCUAUUGCAGCUUCGGUCGUUCACGAACCAAUUAUCGGGGAGGAGGUGUAAUAUCCUCGAUUCUGCCGGUCUUGUGGGUAUUCUUCACAUAGAACACGUAGAAAGCUUUGUUUCCUUGCUCCUGCCGGAUAAGAAGAUUGAUCAUAGCACGGCAAGAACAAACAGGCCAAGCGGUGGUGCAAAUUUGUUUAUCUCAGCGGAAGUUUUUCUAGAGCUGGGGUGUUGAUGACACCUCCUCCUUCGGCUUUUGAUUUCCGUCAUCUUUGUUUCUUGCCUAUGCCUUGACGAGAACCAAGGCAGCCGCGAAGUAGAGGACAACUUCUUGCCGUCGUAAAAAAUAGCGGUGUUUUUAAUUCUCCGUUCUUUCGCUCCAGCAGCAACACGCCGCUACUGGGAGGAGCGCGCGGUCAACAACCAGGGCUGUAGUUCCACUGCAAGCUGCACCGCCGACACUUGCCGUAGCGACUACGGUGUGGUCGUAGUGCCAUCGAGAACGAAAUAAAAUCCCGAAAUCGAAGAAGUGCCGGAGCGGUGCGAGCACAAGCGACACAGCCAUCCUCGCCAGGUGAACAAGCUUGCUACUGUGAACCGCGAGAAGUGGCAACAGCAUCAACCAGGUGCUCUAUACCUCCUCGGGAAGAACAGGAAUGAAGUAGAGGCACCAGUAGCACAGCACCAGUGAGAGCAACUACGACCCGCGGUGGUGCUUCGAGAAAUUUUUUUUGGACGAUAGGAACAAACUUGUCGCACAUCAAGUGUCAUCUCAACAUCUGCGACAAUGGCGAUCGUUUCUGUGGACGAGCGAAUAGUGUUUGUGGGCCUGGUACGGAUUGCAAAUAUGUCUGGGUCUGGGAGGUUGAGACUUGUAAUGCUAGCUUUUCAUACCUUAGAAAAUCUGUCUUGCAUUAUAACCAACAAAAGUCGCAGCCUCUUUUGUGCAUGUAAAAACGCAGUUUUCCAUGCGGGUUUCCUAUGAGAAAGCGUUCUGGAAAGUGGUCAUGCUGGGUUGCAUUCGGAACUGAUUAUUCCAUCAUCCACAUUCUCGCAUCACAAGUUUUCAGACCCGGACACAUUUGCAUUUGAUACCUAGCCCGCGUCACCGAUGGGGCUUUGCUGGCGUCAAUUUUCGUUGACAGUAUAGAUUUUGUUUCUUGCCGUACUUUUUAUUGCACGAAUGGGAAUUUGCAUUUGGAAAUGCAGGAACAGGAUGUGGAGCCUCGUGUGCAAUUUGCUUUGUCUACCACUGCAGAUUUGUAUAUAUAACCACUUCAGUAUUGCGAAAUAAAACUUCAAGCACGAACACAUUACGUAAUCGACCAAAGAAUAAAUCGCAAUCUACUUUCAUUGUAUCCUCACAGGUAAAAUCGCGUCCCAAGAAAAGCAACAGUUUGAGCGGCAAUUUCUCCAGUCCUGCCAGCAGCAACGGGGCAUAACAUAUCAUUUGUAACAACGUCCCCAUGCCAGCAUGGUCAAGUUGGGAAUCUAGCAACACAAAUCUUCAAGCUUUGGAAGCUGUGCAUGACAAGUUUUCCUCUGCAGUGUUGUGCUGAUUGGCGAGAGAAGCCGCAUGAGAAAGCCGCUUUCACAUCCUGUUUACAGCAUUACCACCACGAUUGGAAAUUCUUCUCAUGGAGCUGCGCAUUACAAGUGUUCCUGUCAUUGCGCAUUCGCAUGACAACUCUGGUGUGGGGACGUUUUUACUGAGGAUAUAACAAAUGCGGAGUUCAAAACCCGGGUGAUUCUCGAGUACCCGUGCCAGGGAAACAUGUUUGUCAUGGCGGGUAACGGGGUUUCCAGCCAUUACGCAUGGCAAAUUGGUUUUUCCCUGGGUCUGGAAAUUUGUGACGCGGAGUUCUUGUGAAGGAUUGCAACAGGAGUUGGAAGUCGUGCCGCAAAUAAGCAUGACAAUUUUUCUUGCAUUUUCGAGAAGCUGCAGUUGUUAUAUUUCUCGAUCAUGCAAAAAUACAGAUUUUCAUUUUCCAGGCUUGCCAGACAAGCACGACAAGCUCGGGCUUAUUUCCAGACGCAGACACCUAUUUGCUAUGCAUAGUCAUUGCUUGUACGCAAUAGGGAUUCGGGACGCCGGGUACCCGGAGCGGCUGGCUAUCAAGUGCAAAUAUGUCUGGGUCUAGAAGAAUGCAACUUGUGAUGCUGCAUUUGGAUUCCAAAAAAAACUGUAUUGCAUGAGCAGCAAAGGGAGUGCAAUUUUUGCCAUGCGAAGAGGCAUUUGUUAUGCGGAAUAGGCAUCAAAAAGCCCCGAAAAAAAUUGUGAUGCUAGGGCAUGCAUCACAAGCAUCAUCGCUCAUGCAAAACGUGCAUGACAAGUCUUCCAACCUUCCAGACCCAGACAUAUUUGCAUUUGAUACUGGCGUACGCGUGCUUAAACGAAGUUUUGGAACGGGUGCACGUCACGCAGGUAUGUGUUACUUAAUAGUAGUAAGUACGGUUUUUAUCUCAACAUCACGCGGUUUGAUUUGUAGAUCAUACGGGAUUAUGACAAUGAGUUCUGAUCUUGAUCAUUCUGAUGUCGAAACUCAGGACCUCCAGGACACCGCCGACGAGCAGGUGUUUAUAGAUGAUCGUAGGCCUCCUGCUUCUAGGAUAUCAGGAUGCAGGAGCCAUGUCGCAAUUAUUUCUCAUGCAGAAAUGAAAAUCGCACAAAAAACUACCUCAGGGCGAUUCCCUGCACCAUCUAUCCUCGCUCUCACUGACCAAGCCGCUGAAGAAGCCGGUUCGGGAGAUAUCCUCAACAAAAACGUCCCCACCCCGGAGUUGUCAUGCAAAUGCGCAAUGACAUUGACAGGAACUGAACAGUUGUAAUGCGUAUCUCCAUGAGAGGCAUUGCAAAUCGACGUGUUUUGGAAUCUGUAAUACUGUAAACAGGAUCAGAGCCUGGCUCUCUCAUCAUGCGGAGGGCAGCUAACCAGCACUACAAUUGAGAUCGAAACUUGUCAUGCGCAACUCCCAAAACUUGGACAUUUGUGUUGCACAUUUACCAUACUUGGUUAUGAGGUGGGGAUGUUUUUGUUCAGGAUAGGAGAUCAUCAAGCGCUACCAGCUCGCGGACCGGGACAAAACUUUUGAUAUGCAAGAAAAAAUCUAUGUGAGUGUAAGUCUGUGAUGCAGGAAAUGCAAAACUGUUAUACUUGGCAUGCUAGAUCUGCCUCACAGGCUACUUUCAUGCGUGUUUCUACGUACUAGCUGCGCAUGACAGAUUUUCCCUGUAAUGCAAAACGAAUUUGUGAUGCUGCUCUUCCUACAAAGUUUACACUUGCCUAGUUUUUUUUCUGUAUAUUUGAGGUGCAGUAUCCUAAUGUAAAAACGUCCUCACGACGACCCCAUAGUUGUCAUGCAGUUUUGUAAUCGCAGGAACGUUUGUAAUGCGCAUGAUCCCCAUGAAGAGAGGCAAUUCCAAUUCUAUGCGUGUGUUGGAAUUUGUAAUUCUGUAUAACGGGAUGAGCAGACGGAUUUGUGAUGCGUUUGGCCUUGCGAAGCUGCGCUAGUACACAACAGACAGCAACUUGUCAUGUGUGACGCCCAAAACUUCUACUGAAUUUGUCUUUGUGUUGCUAAGUUUCCAGUCUUUCAGUGACUCUGGACAGCGACGAGUGGGGACGGUUUUCCUCAGGAUAUGCAGGGAAAAGUAGAAGAGUUGAAGGAGAACAUGCAGGACAAUGUGCGGAGAAUUUUAGAAACACAUCACAACCUGGAGAAUUUGGAGCAGAGGACAGACAACAUGAGCAGGCAGGCGGACCAGUUUCUGAAGCAG